CUGUUGUCUGAAAUACAAAGCCAAACAGAUUUUUAAUAAGAGAUAUUUUUAUGAGAACAGAAGAAAAAAAGGUUAAUGCUGGACACAAUCUAUCCAGGUAUUAGACUCAAAAGUAUCUUUAGUUAUAAAGCAGGAAAGUGGUGGCAAUCUGACAUGCCUGUAUCACAAGGUAUAAGCUUUAGCUUGCAGGGCCUCAGGAGAAAGGUAGUAGUAAUUUUAUUGUAUGCAAAUCUCUAAGGUGGGGGUGACACAGGAGGUCCGCAGGACUGGCUUCACAAGAUGCAGGUCACAAAGACUCCACUGAUAAAGCAAGAUGCGGUAAAGAAGCUGGCCAAAGCCCACCAAAGCCAAGAUGGCAAUGAAAGGGACUCCUGGUUGUCCUCACUGCUCAUUAUAUGCUAAUUUUCACCCUCCUGUAGGACCAGCUCCAGCAGUUGUGGGACCCAGUGCAAAAUGAAAACACAGGGCCCCUCGUUCAAAAGUGAUUAAGAAUGUCAAGACGGUGACAACAGGACAUUAAAUCAAGCGCCAGGCCCUGCUGAGCUCAGGGCUCUGUGUGACCGCACAGGCCACACACCCAUGAGACUCGCCUUGUCUUCCGGGUCCUUCAUGCCCCACCCCCCCAUCUCCUUUAGCACACGCAGACCUCUGCUCUCCACACAGCCCUUCCUCCAAGAGGACAGUCAACGGGAAGUAAGAAGAUUUAACGGGGCAAAGAAAAAUGCAAUGACGUGUUUCCAUCGUGGAAAACGUGGUCAUGGAAUUGCAGAUUGCCCUGCUGCCCUUGAAAAUCAAGAUAUGGGCACUAGAAUAUGUAACAAGUGUGGGUCCACAGAGCACGAAAUAACCAAGUGUAAGGCUAAAGCAGACCCACCUCUUGGCGAAUUUCCUUUUGCAAAAUGUUUUGUUUGUGCAGAAAUGGGGCACCUGUCUAGAUCUUGUCCUGAUAAUCCCAAAGGACUCUAUGCUGAUGGUGGUGGUUGCCAACUUUGUGGCUCUGUGAAACAUUUAAAGAAAGAUUGCCCUGAAAGUGAGAAUUCACAUCGAAUGGUCACAGUUGGUCUGUGGGCAAAGGGAAUGAGUGCAGACCAUGAAGAAAUUUUGGAUGCACCAAAACCACAAAAACCCAAAACAAAAGUAUCUAAAGGUGUUAAUUUUUGAUAACAACUAGUACUAUCAUUAGUUACCACCUCAUUGUUACUUUCUAAACCAGGCCCACUUCACAAGUAAGAGUUGGGCUCCCUUGUAGCCAGGACUAUACUGUAGAUAUCAGUAUGAUCUGGGUGUGGUCAAAAACAAUUUUCAACAGAGAGAGAGAAAGAAAGAAAAAGAAAGAAAGAAAAGAAAGAAGAAAGAAAGAAAAAAGAGAAAAAGAGAGAAGAAAGAAAGGAAAGAGAGAGAGAAAGAAGCGAGGGAAAGAAGGAAGGACCGA